UAUAUUCUAUAUUCUAUUCUAUUCAGCGCCCGCUGCUAUUGUUUCCCUCGUGGGUUGUUUUACAAGCGUAGAUUCUCUAUAAUCUGGCAUCUUUCACGUUGACAUCGUUGAAUGUCUAUAUGUUAAAUAAACACAUAAGAUAUAAACAUAUACUUAUGUACCAGUGCAGUGUGGGUAAAUAUAAAGAGUUAAAUGACUGUGAUCAGACUCUGUAAAUGUUAAUGUUUCUCUUUUCAGGCAAAAGUCACAUUCACUUCUCUCACUUUAACGUUCAUCUAACGCUUAAGGGUCGUGUUGUGAAAUGUCGGUUAAUCGACUGUUACGUGUAAAAUAAAAGUGUUUUAUUGUUAAAUUAAAUGAGUGUUUCGUAACUGCUUUUAUAACCGGUUUCUCGCGGUUUCGUAAGCUUGGACAAACUAAACAAAGCCGCUUCAAUUUCCCACACUUCCGGGCGUCACGUGAACGCGGCGUGCCAUAUGAUUGGCUCCGUGGCAGCGUCACGUUUAAAGAGCCUCCGCGAGCUGCGCUGUGAUUGGCUGGCUGAGUUCACGCGCCAACAUUUCAAUAAAAAGGAGCCGCGGACGGAGAAGCUGCUUCAGUCUCUGCUCUCUCUCUGUGUUUGUCGCUGCUGCUGGACCUUUCCCUCCUUUUUCUCCCCUGUGACGUCACGGUGUUGUGUUUGCGGACUUUUCUCCCGUGUGACGUCACUCUGUGUGUGUAUAAAAAUGCUGUCUACUCGCGCUCCUCUCUCUGUAAAGGAUGAAAACACACUCGUCAGUCAAACCAACAAAAUGGCGCUGGACAAAGAAAACACGCCUCCGAGUCUGAACAACACCCGCGUCCUGGCGUCAAAAACCGCGCGAAAAAUCUUCAACGACGCUGAGCCCAAAGUGGUGAAGCAUAGCAGCAGCAGCGGCGGCGAGGAGGCGGAGCCUCUGCUCAAAGACAACCCCCGCCGCUUCGUCGUCUUCCCCAUCCAGUACCACGACAUCUGGCAGAUGUACAAGAAGGCCGAGGCCUCGUUCUGGACGGCAGAGGAGGUGGACCUGUCCAAGGACCUGCAGCACUGGGAGUCUCUGAAGGACGAGGAGAGGUACUUCAUCUCACACGUGUUGGCGUUCUUCGCCGCCAGCGACGGCAUCGUCAACGAGAACCUGGUGGAGCGUUUCACACAGGAAGUGCAGGUGACGGAGGCGCGGUGUUUUUACGGUUUCCAGAUCGCCAUGGAGAACAUUCACUCAGAGAUGUACAGUCUCCUCAUCAACACGUACAUCAAAGAGCCACAAGAGAGAGAAUACCUGUUCAAUGCCAUUGAGACUCUGCCGUGUGUGAAGAAGAAGGCCGACUGGGCGCUCAACUGGAUCGGCAACAAGAGCGCCACCUACGGAGAGAGAGUGGUGGCCUUCGCGGCCUUGGAGGGAAUCUUCUUCUCUGGAUCGUUUGCUUCCAUCUUCUGGCUUAAGAAGCGCGGCCUGAUGCCCGGCCUGACCUUCUCCAACGAGCGCAUCAGCAGAGACGAGGGUCUUCACUGUGACUUUGCGUGUUUGAUGUUCAAACAUCUGGUGAACAAGCCAUCCUCAGAGGUCGUCACCAAGGUCAUCAAGAACGCUGUGGAGAUUGAGCAGGAGUUCCUGACUGAGGCUCUGCCUGUGAAGUUGAUCGGGAUGAACUGUGAGCUGAUGAAACAGUACAUUGAGUUUGUUGCUGACAGACUGAUGCUGGAGCUCGGCUUUACAAAGAUCUACAGGGUUGAGAACCCCUUUGACUUCAUGGAGAACAUUUCUCUGGAGGGAAAGACCAACUUCUUUGAGAAGAGAGUGGGCGAGUACCAGAGGAUGGGCGUGAUGUCCACGACCACAGACCACACCUUCAGACUGGACGCAGACUUCUAAAAGUGUUGUGUUUGUAAAUAAAGUUUGUGACUUGUUUUAUUUUGUAUAAAGAUUUAAACAGUGGAUUUUAAUUUUUUUUUUUUAUCAACUUUUUAUUUAAAAAUGUGCAAAUAAAAGUUUUAUCU